AUGUGAUGCAUGUAGAGAUCAUUCAUUUCUGCAUGUACCUAGAUGCGAGAAAAUGCACUGGUAGCAAACUAUUCUUUAGUAACAAGGACUCCCAUUAUAUUAGUUUGGAUCAACAUAUUGAAGAAAUUCUCUAAUGGUGAUAUUGCUGAAUGUCAGUUAUGGCUUUUAGUGAAGAUGUGCAUCUCCUCAUCUGGUUGUCCGCAGCUAUUGUAUUGCUGACCUUGUUGGCCAUUUCUGUGACUCCUUUCCUUAUUGAGUAUAUCCGAAAAUGGAAAAUAAUGAAACCAAUUCCUGGAUUCAGCCCUACCUAUCCACUGAUUGGAAAUGCCCUGCAAUUCAAGCCAAAUGGUGGAGAUUUUUUCCUUGAAAUGGUAAAGCACACAGAAGCUUUCCGUCACCUCCCACUGAUGAAAAUAUGGGUUGGACCAGUACCUUUCCUGAUAUUAUACCAUGCUGAAACUGUAGAGCCAGUAUUAAGUACAUCAAAGCAUAUGGACAAGGCAUAUCCAUACAAGUUUCUCCAUCCCUGGCUUGGCACAGGACUUCUUACCAGCACAGGUAAAAAAUGGCAUUCACGAAGGAAAAUGAUAACUCCAACUUUUCACUUUGCGAUCCUUUCUGAAUUUUUGGAAGUCAUGAAUGAGCAGUCAACAGUAUUGGUGGAAAAAUUCAGGGGAAAAGUGAACAAAGCAGCUUUCAAUUGCUUUAUGGAUGUAACCCUGUGUGCUUUAGACAUAAUAUCUGAAACUGCUAUGGGAAAGAAAUUGCACGCCCAGAGUAACAGCAGUUCUGAGUAUAUACAAGCAAUUUAUAAGAUGAGUGAUAUCAUCCACCGUAGGCAGAAAAUGCCCUGGUUAUGGCCAGACUUUGUGUACUCAAAGCUGAAAGAAGGAAAGGAACAUGAUAAGAACCUGAACAUUCUCCAUUCAUUUACUGACAGUGUAAUUCAAGAAAGGGCCAAUGAGCUGAAGACACAAGAUUCUGAGGGACAAAACUUAACCAGUGAACUAGACUCCAUGAAAAGAAAGAAGCGAGUUGAAAAGAAAAGAAAGAAGCGAAGUGCUUUCCUAGAUAUGCUUCUGAAUACAACAGAUGACUCAGGGAAUGCGUUAAGUUACCAGGACAUUCGGGAAGAAGUUGAUACAUUUAUGUUUGAGGGCCAUGACACAACGGCUGCUGCUCUGAAUUGGUCUUUAUAUUUGCUGGGAUCUCACCCAGAGGCACAGCUACAAGUCCAUAAAGAGUUAGAUGAAAUAUUUGGGGGAUCUGCUCGGCCUGUCACAAUGGAGGAUGUUAAGAAUCUACGAUAUCUUGAAGCAGUGAUCAAGGAGGCCUUGAGAUUGUUUCCUUCAGUUCCUUUCUAUGCCCGCACCAUUUGUGAAGACUGCACUAUCAGGGGUUUUAAGGUUCCCAAAGGAGUGAAUGUAUUAAUUGUUCCCUAUGCGUUACAUCGAGAUCCGCACUACUUCCCAGAACCAGAAGAAUUUAGGCCAGAGCGUUUUUUUCCUGAAGCUUCCAAUGGACGCAGCCCAUAUGCUUAUGUUCCUUUCUCUGCAGGACUCCGAAACUGUAUUGGACAACGUUUUGCUUUAAUGGAGGAAAAAGUUGUUCUAUCUACCUUAUUACGAAAUUAUUGGAUUGAAGCAAAACAAAAACGUGAAGAGUUGGGUCUUGUAGGAGAGCUCAUCCUUCGUCCACAAGAAGGAAUUUGGAUUCAACUUAAAGACAGAAGACAAACUUUAAGUGAAAAAGAAGACCAGUAAAUGAAUUUGUAACAUUAUAAAUAGUUAAUAAAAAAAUGAUUGCAGUGCUGUAUAGCACCUGUAAAUGUAAUGUUUUACUUUUGACCAUUAUUCAAUUUUGUCAGAACUUUACUGGAUUUUGGCUUCUUUUCAUUUAGUCUCUGAAGAUGCUCUGCUUUAAAAUCAUAAUAUUCCCUGCAGAUCAUCCACAUAAAAAAAAGAAAAGGAAAUUAUUAAAUCCUUAUUUUAUUG